AUGUCCGCCCCGAACUUUCAUUCCGGUUUCCGAACUGGAAUGUUAGAGGUGUACACACGUCAACAGUGGCAAAAAGUUUUAGUAACCCUAGAAGAAGACUAUUUAAGUAUUAGUUUAGAUGAAAGUUAUGAAGUUAGUAAUGGUCCCUCGAAUGGACUAUCAGAUACAGAGCCACCGGAUAUUCCGGAAAGCAUAGCUAAUCAAAAACGAGUUGUUCGUGUUGUAAAACAGGAUAAUAAUGGUUUAGGAAUUAGUAUCAAAGGUGGAAAAGAGAACAAAAUGCCAAUUCUAAUUAGUAAAAUAUUCAAAGGUAUGGCCGCAGAUCAAACUGAACAGUUGUAUGUGGGUGAUGCUAUUUUAUCAGUGAACGGAGAGGAUCUACGUGAAGCUACUCACGAUGAAGCAGUUCGAGCUUUAAAACGUGCAGGGAAGGUUGUUGAUUUAGAAGUAAAAUAUUUGAGAGAAGUGACUCCUUAUUUUCGUAAAGGGGCUAUACUGGCCGAAGUGGGAUGGGAAUUUCAACAAGGGGGAUUUCUGCCAUCAUCUCAAGUGCAUCGAAAGAGUGGCCGUGCUGAUGUGAGACAGGUACCACUGCUUUUGUGCCACCUGUGUCGUAAUCUUACAAUGCCGGAUGCUGAUAAUCGAACAUUGGAAAUUCAUUCUCCUGAUAGACGCCACUCAUGUGUCUUGAGAUGUCCAGAUGCUGCUCAGUGUUCUGCAUGGUUUAAUGCAGUACAUACUGCUGUAGAUACCUUGAUGUCAAAAGCAGUUGUAGAAGCUGGGCAUCUGUUAAAAGAUGUUCUUGAAAGAGCUGAACUAAAACAUAUGGGCUGGCUGUCUGAAAAAAUUAAUGAUGAUGCUGGCGUUGUACAGUGGAGACCAGUAUUCUUAGCAAUCACAGAUCGUGAUCUCCUCUUGUAUGAUCUUGUGCCUUGGACUAAAGAAGCAUGGGUUGUUCCUGUAAACAGUAUACCUCUUAUUCAUACUAGACUGGUUCAUUCAAGUACACCAAGACGGUCAAGUGGUGUCAGUGUGCCUGGCAUUACAGAUGUAACAACAUUUACUCUUCGACUGGGAACUAGACAAGGUGUAGAAUCACGUGUAAUGAGAGUUGAAACACAUCGAGAUUUAGCAUUUUGGGCACGACACUUAGUUCAAGGUGCUCAUAAUGCUGCAGUUGCUAUGAAAGAGGCACAUUUUUCUUGCCUUUAUCAGGGCCAAGAAUGUGUGAUCACUAUACAUUUUGAAAAUGGUUUUAUUUUACAAGACUCAAGGCAUCAUAAUAUCUUGUGGCAGUAUCCUUUCGAAAAGCUUCGCAUGUCAGCUGAUGAUGGCAUGAGAUUAGUGUGGUUGGAUUUUGGUGGAGAAGAUGGAGAAAAGGAAUUAGAUUUGUUACAGUCGCCAAAGCCUUUUAUAUUCACUUUGCAUACUUUCCUUUCUGCUAAGGUGAUAAGACUUGGACUUGUUGCAUGACAAUUACAGCAGUGGGAAGACGCAGAUGAACAGUUUGAUGACAUCUUCGGUCCCUGAAACGAAGCUGGAUGUUAAACUUGCUUCCUAAAAUGGCUUCCCAUCAUUUGUUGUCCAAAACUAUGUUUUGCUGUUAAAAAGCAAGAAACAUGCAUUGCACAAUUUGUUCUUAGCUCGCAAGCUCUUCAAACAAGGAACAAAACAAAUGCAGUUUUUUACUAUUGUGAAGUGCCCUGCAAAUAUUGCAGAUUGUUGACCAGAGUAGCUGACACAAUUACUGUUUAGUACUAUUUGUCAGCAUUUUUGUUAAAUCUGGAAGAAAAAAAAAAAAAAAACGUUUGUGUUUUGUGUCCCUUCUGUUGUACAAAGUUGACUAUAUUUUUCAUUGGAACCGUAAGUAUGGUUACCACAUGGUUAAAUUUGUUCAUGUGACAGUGAAUUUGCUGCCUUCGUAAGCAAGCAUCAUCUAGAUUUCAUAAUUCUCUAUCAGUUAAACAAAACAGAUGUGUAAUAUUUUAUUGUUAAUAUUGCAUUUCAGCUGUGUGCAAAGAACCUGAUUUAUGAGGUAAUGAAUCAAAUGCUUUUUGUUUGAUGAAAAAAGAAACUGGUUCAAAAUUUUAAGGUUUUAAAUUGAUCAGUAAAGGGGAAAUUACUGAAAUCAUUUCAAGUUUAUUUCAUAGUUAUCUUCUUGCUUUAAAAAAUAUUAUUUUAGUUUUGAUUUGGUUUUAAUUUAAACAUAUGUGUCACUUUUUAAACAAAAUUUUGAAUAAUGGUCCUAAUUAAUUGGCCAUAAAUAUUAUAAAAGUAAAUUGAGGGGAAAGCGCAAAGUUUUCUUAAAUUUAUAGUUUUUGCCAAUUGUAUGUAUGUAGCAAUAAUCCUGACUAAUGCUGGGUGAAUUUUUUGAAUUACUAUAAAUUUAUGUGGUGGCAUUUAUCUCUUUUUAAAAUUAUUAUAAAUUUUGAUCUUUUUAAUAAUCGUACUUCAUUUACUAACUUUAAACUUGUGCUUUAUGUAUACAUUUACUUGUAUAAGUAGUUAAUAAAUUGUCAUUAAUUUCUUUAUUCUACUUUUAACUAUCUAGACAGGCUGAAGUCCAGUAUUGCUUGAUUUUUAUUAAGCUUAUAUUUGUUUUUAUUUCCAUGGGAAUAGCUAAGUAUUUCUCAAGAUUUUUUUUUUUUUUUUUGAAAGUAUGUAUAAUUUUCUUAAAACAAAACCACUUGCAGUGUAGUCAUAUACUGGUUAUCAAAACAGUGAGUACAAAAAGUUACUAAAAAAUUAUAUUUAAAUUUCUAAAAAAAUAUCAGUAAUUGUUAUGUAAUAAUUAAAAGCAUGUUUUAUAUUCAUUUGUGAAAGUGUUAUGAAUAUUAAGUAAUACAUAGUUUUAGUUAUAAUUAAGUUAUCAUUUCUGUUAAAUCUGGAAGAAAAAUGAUCCAGUUUAUCAUACCUUAUCAAGUUCGAAGGUUAGUUCUAGACAUAUACAAAUAAUGGUACUUUUAAAAAGUACUUUUUAUUAAAUUAUUAUAUGAAUUAGCAAUAAAAUAAUUUUAAUAGAAUUGUAAUAAUAAAUAUAAUUUUGAAUGCAUGCAUUCAUUAUACUGCUAUAAAAAUUUUUCAAAAAUUAAAAGUGCCUGAAACUGCUAAAAACAAGAACAUAUUGAAAGAAAGUAUUGCCUAUAUCCAUUUUAGUACAGUACAAUAGAGCAAAAAUUUCAUAAAAAUUGAUGAUCUUUAAAUUUUUGUAUUAUUUUGUAGGUUUGCAAGUGAAAUUGAAUAUGUGAAGCACGCAUUUUUAAUGUAUAUUGAUUUUAGUUUCUACUGUUUAUAUUUUAAUAUUGGACACAUAACAUCAAUAUCAAAAUAUUUGUUUAGAACUUAAAGAAAUACAUAAACACAUGUACAAAUUUAUUUCUCAACACAUUCUACGCUUAUUUAAAUCAAGAUGGGGGAAAUAAAAGCUUUCUGAUGCAUUAAAGCUAACUUAAUUUUAAUAACUAAAAACAAGACCUGUUUCCGAGAUUUAUUUUUUUCUUUAGCCAAGUGGUUCAAUCGCUGAAUAGUCCGACUUUCCUUUUUGUAGUAUUCAAGUAACCUUACUUUCUCUCAGCUUUUUGAUGGGAAUGAAAAUGUAGGAGAGAAAUUUAAGAUCAAUUAUUCAAAACUGCAUUAAUACGUUCGCUGCCAAUUAUGAGUUAUCUGGUAGGUUGAAGUUUGUGUUUAGGCGCCAACUACAAAUGUUUUCAUAGAAACUACGAAUGAAUUCAUAGAACAUUUUUGUUUUAACUAUGCCGCAUACGAUGAAACUCGUAGUAUUUUCAUGUUCUUUAAAGGUCUGGCUUUAAUCUGGCUUUGGGGAUUAGGAAAAACAACAAUUGGGUACAAUUCAAGAGAUUUAUUAUAAUUAAUACAAGUAUAAUAUAAGUAAUUAUAAUGGAAAUAACAUACGAACUGUAAAAAAUAAUUAAGCAUUUUAUAAUAAUCUUUGUUAUAAGCAACUGCCAACUACGAGUAUACUUGUAGUUGGCGUUGUCAUAAAACAUUUUAUCACAAAACCCAACUAUGAUAUAUCUCAUAUAACUAAUAACGCAAUUAAAAUUAUCUAAAUUCAAUAUUCCUGUAAAUACAUGGUUUGUACUGUUAUUUUACAAAAUUAAAAUUUGUUGGCAUGGUGGAACUAUUUUUGAAAAUGUCGCUCGGCAGCAAACGUGUUAACUCUAGAACACAAAAUGGAAUAAAUUUAGUGUGUGAAUUUUUGUUAUCUAUCUUAAUUCUUGUUAUCUUAUUCUACCUGUUGCACAUUAAAAACAAUUGUAGUAAUCUUUCUUUCUUUCUUUUUUUUUUUUUUUUAAAUGUUUAGCAAAAAAUGUUUUUGAAAGAAAAGUAAAUUGUACUUGUAAUAAUAAAUAAUACUAAAAAUAAAAGUUUUGCUUGAUUAAUUAAUUGAUUUGCUUGAACCAAAAUUAAAAUUUUUUGACUUUACAGAAAAAUGAUUAUUAGAAUUAAUUUAUUUAGUUCUACAAUAAAACAUUUCUUAAAAUUUUAUAUAAUUUGCUAUAUAUAGUUCAUUCACUCAGUUUAUAAGAAGCUGCUAUUUAAUUUAUCAUCUGAUAUUCUAAAUAUAUUGAUGUUGUUUACUUUCUAUCAAUGCUGAUAUAGUUCUUAUUACAUUUAUUAUAGCUAUAAGAUAAAACUGCAGACUGUUUGCAGUAUUUUUGUACUUAAUAAGAUUAUGUGAUUGUAUAAAGUAUGAGAAGUAUUUUUACUUGUAAUGAGCUUCAUGAAGGAAAUUGUUUCAAUCAGUAUCUCAUUUAAAAACUAAUGAAUAUUAUUCAUGCAGUUCUCAAGUUAUUUUUUAAUCAUUACUCCAUGUUUGUCCAACUUUCAGAUGGAUUUUAAUAUGUUUAUGUUUAUUAUAUACUUUUCCCUCUAAUUUUACUAAGCAAUGCAUAUUGCAUUUUGGCAGAUUUGAUCAACUGAUGUAAAUCUAACAAUUUAGCAUGCAGCAUACACUGCUUAUAACAUCACUCAAAAUUUGUACGUUGUCAAGUCAGUUUUACAGUGUAAACUGAUUUUACAUAGUUAUUCGUACUUAUAUUUUCAAAUUUGCUUUAUUAUUACCCAGUGUUUCAUUUUUAUAAGUUUUACCAAUUAAUGCUUUUCAGUUCAUUAAAAUAUUCAGUUGUUUAUAAAUUGUAUUAAAUUUUACUCAGCAGUUUUUACUAAAGGUUAUCAGUUUUCAUUAACAAAUAUAUUUUGAAUAAGUAAGACUUUCUGUUUAGUUGAUUUCUGUUGCUAUGUAAGUUCCAUUACAUUUUUUUUUUUUUUUUUUUUUUUUCAUUCUUAGAAGUUGUUAUUAACAGGAUGAAAUGUUUUCUAAUUAUGUAAGUAAGCAGACUUUUUGUAUACUUAGAAGCAGUAGAUAAAUUUCCAUUACACAGUCAUCAUAGUUCUUUAAAUUGUUUUGCUACUUUCAAACAGUUGUGUUUUGUAGUUAAUUAUUCUUCUCAGUGCUUUUUUAAAAUAUGUAACAAAAAUUAGAAUUUACUCUUUCUGUGCCUUAUAUUAAAUUAUAUGUGAGAAAUAUGUUAAAGAAUUGUGGAUAAAACAUGCAGAAUAGCUUUCAAAUUCACUCUUUUAAAUAAUGAUAUUAAUGUAGCAAAUAACGUUGCAAUUAAUAGUGUAAUAAAAAAAAUGCUAUUCGGAGUAUUUUAACUGAUUGAACAGUAUAUAACUGAUUUUUUUCUUCUAAUUUUGCAAGCAAGAUUAUUCAUUAUGGAUAAAAAUUACAUUCCUUCUCCAGAAAUAUACCAAAUUUGGCAAGAAUAAAUUUAAAUACAAAUGUGGGAAAGCUGAUCGUUUUUAAAUUUUUCCUGAUAUCAGUUUAUUUUUUUAGAAUUUUUUGUAUGGUGUCUUUCGUGUUUCCAUUACUGUUUAAAAUUAAUAAAAUUAUGUUGAAUGGCAUAUGGGUAUAAAGGAGAAACACCUUCCAAGGUUUUAGAAAUUUUAUCACCAAUAUUUUCUUAAAAAGCAUUCUUCAUAAAAAUCUUUCAGGGUGCAGCACAUUUUAAUUUUCAUAAUGUAGUUUUUCAAAAAAAAAAAUGCACUUCAAAUAGUUUAAUAAGUACUUUGUAAGAUGUUUAGUUCAUAUAGUGUUACUAAUAAUAAACAUGUCUGCUAAAAUUAUUGUAAACUUAACAUUACCCAGCAUUAUUGAUUGAUAUUUUCUUAUUAUUGAAAAAAAAUUUAUUUUGGAAUGCAUUUCUUUAUUUUCAGAAAAUUAUAAUCUUUAACAUUAUGCUGCACAAAUUCUUCUGUAAUAUACCCAAGUACCUGAGGUUAAGUAAUGCAAAUUGGAAUUUUGUUUCUUUGAAUGUUUAUUUUUUGAUUAAAUUUUAUAAAAUAUAAAUAAAAUAAAUUUUAAUGGAAAAUGUUAAAACUAUGUAAUGAAGCUUUAUAUCAAAAAUAUUCUGAAUAUUUUAUUUGUAAUUUUUAUGAAUAUUAAUUUAUUAUUAGUAUAAAAAACUGUCUUUUUUUGUUGGCUGAAAUUGAAAUUACGUAGGUAUGAGUUGUUUUGUAUCAGCCAUGUAAAUUUUUGUUUGUAAAAAUUUUCUUAAAAGCAGAUUUUGUGUAUAUUUUAUGAUUAAAAGGGGGAAGUUAUUAAAUUAUAAAAAAUAAAUGUCUUCUUUCACCAAAUUUCAUGUCGAAAUAUGCUGUUUUUAGUUUUAAAAAAAAAUGUAGUGAAGUACACUUGUGUAUGUGUAUAUAAAUUAUAACCAUAAUGCAAUAUAUAUAUAUAUUGCAUUAUGGUUAUAUAUAUAUAUUGCAUUAUGGUUAAACUGAAAUAUAGUUAUUCUUAUAAUUCCUCAUAGAAUAGUAUGGCAAAAUUUAGUUGUAUGGUUUUUAUCUAUACAAUAAUUGCCUAUGAAUAAAAUUAAAUUUUCGUAGUUAUAUUGCAAAAUCUUUGGUCAGAUGCUGAUAUUAAGAUAUUGUAUAAAUUAAGUCUUAUAAAUAGCUUCUUAGAAAUAAGAAUAUCUUACUUUUUAAUUUUAUUUCAAAUUCUGCAGCUCAAUGCGUAAAAUUCUUGACCUCACAGGUCCUUUUAAGUUUAGUUAGUAUGCCUUUCUUACAUUAACAAAUCUAAAGGUUUAUAUGCAUAAUACUUUAAUAAUUUUGUAAUUAUUUUCACAUCUCAGUGUAAGUGUAUGAGCACUAUAUUUUUUUAAAUCAUGGAAAGUGAUGAAUCAUCACUCAUUUUUAACUAAUCACUAAUUUAUGCUGAUUUUUAAAAGUUAAAUUUUAUUUAAAGAGAAAGUAAUUUACCGCAAAAAAAAAAAAAAAAAAAAAAAAUGUUUAUUUCUAAUGGUUAAAACCAUCUAAAAGAUAAAUUAACUGAUAUUUCAUGUUCCGGGAAUUUGUAAAACCUUGAUUCAUUACUAAAUAUGAAACUUCAUAUACUCUGAUUAGUAAGACUUUUAAAUUUAUAAUUAUACAGAGUUGAAAGCAAUUAUCAUAUUUCAGAAGCAAUAAAAUUCUAUUUUUCAAUGAAGUAUUUUUAAAUAUAUAUUCUCAAAUAUACUUAGUAAUACAUUAUGUUUCAAUAUUUAGUUUAAUAUAACAGCAGUCAAAUCUGAAAUAAUAAAAUUUUUAUAGUUAAAAUAAAAAUCAUGUAUAUUGUAUAAAUAUUAAGUUAAAUGUAUAUUUAACAAAUCCUUUGGGAUAAACUGCAAAAUUUGCUAAAGUAAUUUUAGUUCAUUAAGAAACAAUAAAAUAAAUAUACAAAUGUGCAAUAAAUAAUAAGGUUUAUAUAUUUUUCUUAAUAUGAAGAUCUCAGUAAAGUAAAUAAAUGAAGGGUAUGUAAAGUACAGUGAUGAAUUAAACUGUAAAAAAAUAUUUUAUGUAAUAAACUACUAUUUGGAAAAAUACGUGUUAUUAAAAUAUUUGUUUCAAAGAUUUCACUUAAAUUUCUUGAAAAAAUUAAAACUUUUGAAGAACAUUAAAUAAUUUAUACUCUAUUUCAAAUUUCAUACAGAAUUUUUUAUUGAUUCUAGGCCAAGAACAGCAUCUGUGAAAAUGACUUCCACUCUUUUGUUAACGUAGACCCCAUUCUGGCUUUUUUAAAUUAGCUUUGCUACUACAUUAUUUUAAGCAAUUAUUACUAAAUUCACUUCUUUUGAAAUUAGAAAAAUUUGAAAAUUCUGGAGUUUGUUAAAAAGCUUUGUUAAAAAGCAUUCCACAGUUUAGUAAAUAUUUUGUAUGGAUAUAAGUUUUCUGGAGAAAAAGGGGGGAUAUUAAAUCAUAGUUUGAGUGAUUGAAAUAUUUGAUUAAUAAUAUAAGCAUAUUGCAUUUUAAUAACAAUUAUUCGUUAAAAUAUACAAUGUAAAAAAUUAAGCACCCUCUUACAGUUAUAAAGUAUCAGAAGAAACUUUCUUGCAGAAUUUUAGAAAAUACCAUCGUAAAGUUGUCUUGCUUCUUGCAGUCUGAUCAGAUAUCAUAUUCUGCAUUGUUUCAUAUGUUGAUCAAUGCAGAAUAUAAAUGUUCAUAUGUUGACCAAUGCUGAAACAAUAUUGUUUCAUGUUAUGAUAAAAACUGUAUAAAAAUCUCACUUCAUAUUAAAGUAUAUUUCAAACAUAAAAUAUGAAAUCCCAUGUAGGAAAAAGUGAAAUUUUACUACAAUUUUACUAAACAAACUUUAUAAACUGUUGACUUUAAAUAUUGUUAAUGUUAAUCAAUUGUAGACAAACAGUUAUUUUAAAUGAAAUGACACUGCUUAGAGAUCUCACUCAUAAAAUGCAUUUCACUUUAGGAAAAUAUAUAUAUAUAUAUGAUAGAUGUGUUUUCAUUUGUGAAAAAUGUAAGCAGAGAAUCCCUCAAGUCCAAGAAGUAUUGUAAAGCAAUUUUUUUUUUUUUUUUUGGUUGUUGUUGUUAUUUUAAUUUUCUUUUAAUGCAUUUAAGUAUGAAAGUUUUAUAAUAAUUUUUGUUAUUGUUAGUUCUUUAGAAAACCUUUUUUGGGGUGUGUGUCUCUCUGUGUGUAUGUAUGUGCGUGAGCUUAUUAUUCAUGUUAAAAUGCUUUGAAAAAUUAUUUUAUUUAGUUGACCCUUUUUAAUUUAUAUAAAUAUAUAUAUAUAUAUAUAUGUACUUUAUAAUAUAGUAUAUAUAAAUAUAUAAUUUAUAUAAAUAUAUAUAUAUAUACUUUAUAAUAUAGUAUAUAUAUACACAUAUAUGAUGUAUAUGAAACAUAUAUUCACAAAGAAACGUUUGAAUUUAUCAUAUCAAAAUAAUCAAGGAAAACAUUUUUUAAUCAUUUUUGGUAAGUAAAUGUUGCAUAUUAUAUUCAUAUAAUUUGUUUAAUGUAUAUUGAAGUCUUUUACAUAAAGACUAAUUGCUUUUUUUCACAGUGUAUUUAUGAGUUCAUUUAACUGUUCAGUUUAAUUUAUAUAAAGUGUAGCAGAAGGCUUUCAUGAUUACAGAAUCCUUAAAUACUUUCUGUGUUAAAAAUUCAUUAUUUAUGAUAAAAAAAUACACUUGAAAAAUUAUAUUGUAGUUUAUUUUCAUAUUAAUUUUAUUACUGAAAUAGUUAUUUUUGUAACUGACUUCAGUAUAGAGACUUGUUCCAGAAAAUAUCUCUCAGUUUAAUAAACACAUUAAGACAGUGAUUCCCAACACAUUUGUAUUGCCACUCCCAUGUUUUCUAGAACUCUCAUUAAGGGGGAAGUAAUCAUCUAAUAAUCUUGGAGAGAAUAAGUUUUGGAAAAUCUUUUAUUUAAUUAAUAACAUGAAAGCCAUUAUUUUUAAAAAGACAUUUCUGUAAAAUAAUAUGCUGUCUGUUGAACAUUAAUGACAUGGGUUAAUUUGAUCAAAUAAUAUCACUUGUCUAAUAUCUGAUUUAAAAAUAUGAAAUAAUAAACUUAACAUCCUAAAGUAAGAUUCAUUUCACUUUGCAUAUCUAAUAGACUGGUAUAAUAAAGAUGCAAACCAGAAUUGCGAUGUAGCUAAUUGGCAUGGCUGAAAUGAUCAUCCACAUACAAAUUAUUUGUUUUCUGAGCACUCUGAUAUUAAUAUACCCACUUCUCCCUAUAUUCAAGAAUGACCUGUGGCUGUUACACAUUUAUAUGUUGCAUAUCCCUCUUAGAUGUACUUUGUAUGCAAAAAAUUGUUAUACUGAUUUCACCAAUAAAUGUUUAUUUUUAUCUGAAUAUGCUGUUUAACAUCUUUGAUAUAAUCCUAAACUAUUAAUAUGUUCACCUGUGGUUAUCCUAUAAUAGUGUAAACAUUAGGCAUGUUUAAUAUUGUGUUAAUUUGUGUUGUAUAACAUGUAAAUUUUCUUAAUUAGUCGUAAUAUUGUACAUAUCUCUUCUCCUUAAGCACCCAUUGUCCUCUGGGGGUGGUACUGUAUAUUUUGGGAAUCACUGUGCUUUCAGUUUAGAUUGCAUUAUGUGGAAUAACACAAGUCAUACAAGGUUUGAGAAUCACUAAUUCAGGUGGUUAAAAUGCAGAGCUCAUCAUUGUUUGUCAUAUGUUACGUCUUCCUUCAAAUAUUCACUUGAGGUCCGAAGUUUGAGAAUACUGUUAUACAAAUUAAGUAUGAGGAAUCACAAGGGUCAACUGUAUAUAUUUUAUUUUGGAGAAAUGAUAUAUUGUAAUUAAUGCAAAUUUAUAUAUAUAUAUAUAUAUAUAUAUAUAUAUCCCUUUAUGCAUUUGUUUUGAGCAUCAAAAAUACCUUUAGAGAAAUUGUAGGUAAUGUCAUCUAAAAAAAAACAAAACUUUCAUGUUUGAAGACUAAAAUUUUCUCAUUUUUUGUAAAUAUUUGUGUAAUUUUAUAUUAAAAUAUUUUAUAUGCUAUGUACUUCUUUUUAUAUUUACAUGUUAUACUAGUCCAAAGAAAAGUUUUCAGUUUCAAAGAAUGCUUUUAUUUUAAAAAUACGUGAGAUUUUUUAUAAUGUUAUUAAUCAUCCUUUUGUUUUCAAUUUAUGUGUUUAACAUACUUUAGUCAGAAGCAUAAAUGAACCUGUCAUAUUUAAGAAAAUAGGUAAAUAAACACCUUAAAUAAUUUUAA